AUGGACCGCGCGCGCCCCUCGCCGCCGCCGGAGCCCGCGCACCGUCGGCCGCUCCAAGGAGGACCCCGCGAAACCGACACAGCGGCCCCGCCAGCGGAGGCCCUAGGCGAGCCGGACAUUGUGCGGCCCCCGACGCGCCCACUGCCCUCCAUCCCGGAGAGCGAGCCCUUGCUUACGGGGGGCGAGAGUGCCGCCGCCGCGCGCAAGCUCAACGGGCGCCCCCUGCACGUGCAGUUCGACGCGCAGUCGCCAACCAACCGCUCGGUGUCUAGCUCCAGUUCUAGCUCGAGCUCGGACGAUGAGGAACUCUCGAUUGCCGAGGCCCGGCCCCCCGACGGCGGCUGGGGCUGGGUGGUCGUCUUCGCCUCGUUCAUGGUCAACCUCAUCGCGGACGGCAUCACGUUCAGCUUCGGCGUGUUCUACCCGCACUUCCUGGAGUACUUCGGCGAGGGCAAGGGCAAGACCGCGUGGAUCGCGGGUAUUUUCAUGGCGAUGCCGCUCCUCUCUGGACCCAUCGCCAGCUUUCUGACGGACAGAUACGGCUGCCGUCGCAUGACCAUAUUCGGCUCCGUUCUGGCCUCCCUGGGCUUCGUCAUAUCGGCGUUCGUGGACAAUGUGGAAACGCUGUUCCUCACGUUCGGCAUCAUGGCCGGCUUCGGGCUGAGUUUGUGUUACGUGGCGGCCGUCGUGAUUGUGGCGUAUUACUUCGAGACGAAACGCUCUCUGGCCACCGGCAUCUCGGUGUGCGGGAGUGGCAUCGGGACGUUUAUUUUCGCGCCGUUGACUUACGUGCUGCUCGACGAGUACGGGUGGCGCGGCACCACGCUCAUCCUGGCCGGGUUCUUCCUGAACAUGGCCGUGUGCGGCUUGCUGUUCCGCGAUCUGCCCUGGACCGCGACGAUGAACGAGGAGAGAGCGAAAGAGAGGAAACGCAGAAGAGAGAGGAAACGGAACAAGCGUUUGGCGGCCGCGUCCGCUGACAGUUUGUCUGAUAGCAAAAGCAGCGCCGCUGGGUCGACGAAGGCGGCCGAGGACGGCGACAACGAGACGGUGCCCUCCCCGAUGGUGCCGCAGUUUAGCUCCGUAGUCGACCUCCCCACGUUCAUGACCGGCGGCGAGGGCGUCUCCCUCGAGGUGUUCGAGCUGAUGUCGAACAAGGGCCGCGCGUACGCCAUAAUGGCGCAAAACUAUCCCGGCGUGAUGCUCCCCUCGAGGAGUUUCAGCGACAGCGGCCGCCUGCACGAACUGUCCCCGCCCAGGGCGACGACGUCUCCCUCGCCGGCGCCGGCGCCUGCGCCCCUGGGCGCCGGCAGGCCCGCCGCGGCCCUCGGCGACAAAGCGGCCGAGCACGCCUGGCUGCGGCGCCACGCGAGCGCCAGCGCCAAGAAGCCGCCGGCGUUCCUCAAGGACCUCAGGGUGCACCGGCACUCGCUGACCUACCGGGGCGCCAUGUUGAACAUAAACCGGUACAGGCUGCGCGCCUCCUCGUGCCCCAACAUCUUCAGGAACUCCAUGACCACCAUUGCUAAGGAAAAGGUGCAAUGGUACGCCGGCCUGUGGGACUUCUGGGAUCUGGCCGUGGACGUGCUAGACCUGUCUCACUUCAAGAACCCCGCCUUCCUCGUGUUCGCCAUCUCCAACUUCCUGCUGUACAUGUGGUACGACGUGCCGUACGUGUACAUAGCGGACCACGGCAUGAGCCUGGGCUUCGACGAGUCGCAGGCCUCCAUGCUCAUCUCGUUCAUCGGAAUCCUCAACAUGUUCGGCGAGAUCCUGCUCGGCUGGAUCGGGGACUGGGACUCGGUGGACCCGAGCCUGGCGUACGCCGGGUGCAUGGUGCUCUGCGGAGCGGCAACCCUACUGAUGCCGCUGCUGCGCACGUACCUCGGCCUGGCGGUGGUCUCGGGCGCGUUCGGCGCCUUCAUCGCCGCCAACUACUCGCUCACCAGCAUCAUCCUGGUGGAGCAGAUCACCCUGGAGAAGUUCACGAAUGCCUACGGGCUGCUGCUGCUCAUACAGGGCCUAGCGAACCUGGUCGGGCCGCCGCUCGGAGGCUGGAUCUACGACAUGACGAACUCCUACGACCUGUCGUUCUACUUGGCGGGCGUGUUCAUCGGCAUGUCGGGGCUGGUGUUGCUGGUGCUGCCCUUCUGCGGCGCCGCCAAGAGGCGCGCGAGCCGCCGGCAGCGCGCGGACCCGCUGCCGCCGCUGCCGCCUCUGCCACCGCUGCCACCCCUGCCGUCGCUGCCACCGCUCCCGCCGCUGCCACCGUUACCACCGCUGCCACCGCUGCCGCCGAAGCACUCGGGCUCGAAGCCGGACGAGGUGCAGCGCAACGGUAAGCUCGUCGUC